AUGGACUGGGCUUCAUAUUAUGAUAGGCUCGAGGGAUGGGUUAACCAGCAGUAUGAUGGUAUAGCCAGUGCACAAAGGCGUCUUGAAAAAUCUCUGCAGGAGCAACAGAAAUACCUUAGUGCAAAUGCACUUGCUCUUAAAAAGUACAAACAAGAGAUGGGGUUGUUUCAGUCUUUGUAUUCCCGCGGUACCACUACUGAUGACACCACCUCGCAAAUAGAUGGACGACAAGGAGCACAGUCUCGGCGUUACAUAAUACCUCACCCAUGUCGUCGAAUUGCAGCUGAAUGCAUAGAUGUUACAAUAAUGAUGAUACUAAAGCUGACUGUAUUGUAUUUCUUCAGGAAUGACUCAAGUGUGAUUGAGCUUGCUAAAAGUAUUGGUUCAGACAUCCUGUCUGGUGUCCCAGAAUAUCGAACGCUACGGCACGCACAUGGCUGGGCGAAGUCGGAAUUCAGUGGCAAAGAUUUUCAAGUUUCAAGCAUUUGGAGGUUGUUCUUCUUCGCACAUAUGGGUGCAAGGGAAGAUUUUUUCGAUUUCGAAAUGUUAAUCCUAGUCGAUCAGAUUGGCCGAUUUCUUAGCGCCCUUCUAGAGGCUAUGCUAAUCAGACGAUCAAUUUUUGGAUCUGAUCCUGGGGGUGCGACUUUGGGAAAAUGGCUGAUGAACCUUAAAGUCGUUUCGUGUGAGGAAAUCAUAGCUUUUCCAGAUGUUGUAGAAGUAAUCCCAGGCGCGGAUUUGGGAAUCAUUCGAGCACUAGUACGUUCGUUGCUGAAGAGUACAAACUUCCUUACUUUCUUUUCAUUUGUUUGUAUGAUGUUGUUUCAAUAUCACCGGUGUACUUACGAUAUAAUUGCUGGAACUUUAGUAGUACAACCUAUUCCUCAAACUAAUGAACCAAAUAAUGAAGUAACUCCAAAAAUGCCCUAUACUACAGCACACUUCUUCUUUCACUGA